AUGUCUUCUGUUCGUCCAUCGCCUCAAUGGCGGAGAAUAUACCGCCAAACCAUCACCCUCACCUACAAGAAUCUUCUCAAUGCGUUCAAAGCGCCAAUUGCAACGGCCUGCAGAGCUCUGAUAUUUCCGAUCGCUGUGACGCUCAUUUUCUGCUUCUUGAGGCACAUUGGCGUGACACAAGGUUAUAAGCCAGAUGUUGCGUCCUGGGGGAUUGCCACUUCCUCGAUUCCCAUCAAAGAUCUAGGAACUGCGAUCAACGCUCUACCACACGACAUCGGGAAGCGAUUGCUCUUUGUCCGCAAUGGCAUCUCGAAUACCACCCUUGGCACCAUCAUCGAAGGGAUUCUGAACGAGCCAACAAUGAAAGGGGUGGAAGGACUUUCAGUAGACGACCCGAACGACCUCUUCACCCUUUGCAGACAGACCCUCGCGGGAUCAAGUAAUUGCUACGCGGCCGUCCUAUUUUCUUCCUUCAACGAAACGAAUAUCGAAUACACCAUCGCAAUGGACGAGAGUGCCCUCGCAUAUACAGGGUACGACGAGGGCAUGGGCGACCAGUCAUCCAACUCGCAAACCAACAGACUCAUAUUUCCGCUACAAUAUGCGAUUGACUCUCAUAUUGGGAACUUCUCGACAAUGACACCUCCUUCCACUCAAGGAUUCAGCGGAGUCUUUGGUCCGCAUUCCAGAGUAGAUGAAUGGUAUCCCUCGGCGGACGUGGCGACACAUGGUCCUUACUGGCUGAACUUGGUCGCUAUGUUUGUUGCACCGCUCUUCUUUCUUGUUCUCAUUGGCGUGGUCUAUCACCUCAAUACUUUUGUUGCGACCGAGCGUCAGACUAUCAUCUCCGAACUAAUGGCCGCCCAGAACGUCACUGCAACUCCACAGAUCCUAUCGACCCUCAUCACAUUCUACUUACUCUACUUUCCCGGAUUAUUGAUCUGUUCAGUAUUUUUCACCCAAAUCCUAUUCACUCACACGUCCGACAUUCUCUUCCUAUUCGUCAUGCUCCUAGCUGGCGCCUCCGUUAUAACAUCAUCACACUUUGUUGCAUCAUUCUUCGGCAAGGCUCAACUGGCUGGCUUAUACUCUUCAACUCUCACGAUUGCUCUUGCAUUCGUGACUUUAGAUGCAGCGUUGAAAAACACCAACCCGCCAGAAGCCGAAAUCGUGGCUCUCUCUCUCUUAUUUCCACCAGCUUGCUUCGCCAAUUUCAUUGCCGAUGUUGCCUACAGGGAAUACAUGCUACACCCAUUCUCUCUAAAGUACCAGCCACCUUUGUUGAACGGGGGCAUCGAAGAAUAUAUCCAAAAGAUUGACGGCUAUAAAUACGUAAUCUUCUUCAUCGUCCAGAUCGUCGCCUAUACAGCAGCAACCUAUUUUGUUGAACGUGGGCUUUGGGGAGUGCCGAGAAAGUUUGAGAACAUACCUGCAGAUAGCGAUGUGGCGCUCCGCUGCACGGGGUUGACCAAGACCUAUUACGGCAAACGGCGUUGGUACUGGCCAUUCGUGAGGAAGGGGGAGCAUGUCAUCGCCAUCGACAACCUGAAUCUAGAGGUCAGGAAAGGAUCAGUUACUUUCCUGCUCGGACCUAAUGGUGGUGGCAAGACCACGACCCUGAAAUGUGUGGCCGGCAUGAUAAGUGUGGAUCCGGGAUCAACUCUUGCGCUCAACGAAGCUGGGACUAUCUUUGGCAUCUGCCCUCAAACCAACGUAUUUUGGGACAACUUGACGGUUCAAGAGCACAUCAAGAUUUGGAGAAAACUUAAGACUGCCUCGUUUGAAGACGUGCAGGUCGAUGACGACGAUAUUCUGGCGGAAUGCGAUCUUUUAGACAAGGUUCAAGCUCCAGCCAAGACAUUGAGCGGUGGGCAAAUGCGGAAACUGCAGCUGGCAAUAUCAUUUGUUGGCGGAUCGAAGGUCUGCUGCAUUGGCGAGGCUUCAAGUGGACUGGAUCCUCUUUCUCGACGGAACAUCUGGAAUAUUAUCCAGAAGGGUCACAGCCGACGAACAAUUCUAGCCACCACCCACUUCUUGGAUGAGGCCGACAUCUUGGCUGACCACAUUGCCAUCGUAUACAAAGGCCGUCUAGUCUGCGAGGGACCCAGCACUUCCUUGAAAGCUCGCUAUGGAGACGACUUUAUAAUUCGCAGCGAAAACGAAGAGAAUGACGAAUCCUUGGUUUGGCGAACCUCAAAUUCGACGGAGGCCACCAAGAAACUUCUAGAACUAGAGGCUUUGACCGAGGACACAACUUACGAUGUCCGAUUCCCUACACUGGAGCAAGUGUUCCUGAAGGUCACUUCGGCAUCCAAUACUGCAGUCACGACAACGGCGGGGAUGAUUUUUGCCCUGGAAAACGAAACACCACCAGAUAUCGACUUGGAUGUUGGUCAUUCUAUUGGUCUAGCGAGACAAGUCGCAGCUCUCUUCCGGAAACGGUACACUCUCCUACUCCAAAAGGCGGGCUGGAUCUCGUACGCGAUCAAUCUGGCGAUUCCAAUCAUUAUUGCUGCGGCUUUAGUCAAGUUCAUGUACCGAUUCAAACCCCUCCAAACUUGCGAGGACAACAACUUGUUGCUCAGGAACGCAUCAUACGGAGAUUACGCUCCAUUGGACUAUUCAUAUCCAAUUUUUGCCCCUCUCGAUUACUGGCAACCUCCGGAGUCAUUUCCAGAAUACGAUCACAACCCUUCGGCAAUCAUCGGCCCCGAAUCUGUUUUUACCGGAGCCAUCCAAGACGACUUAUACCUUUUCAAUAUUCCGUCUAUCUUCCACCAAUUCGGCCCCGACUCGGUCAACGCAAGCUGGCAAGACAGUAUGGCUUUGAGCACGCGAGUCUUGGUGAACAGCACCGAUGAUAUGCUUUGGCAAAUAAAUAACAGUUCAGGAUCUGGAUACUUCGGUUUCGGCGUCUUUGCACCCACCCCCCAAACGGCAACCUUGUUCUACAAUGCCUACAAUUUUAUUGAAAAUGACGGCAUGGGAGUACUGGGACUGAGUUUGAUCACCAACCGGAUUGCCAAUGCAACCAUAACAACAGGACAGGCGAGGAAAGUAUCCGCUGAACUUCGCACAAUGCGGACUGCCCCUAGCAAUGUCUCACUAUUCAACCUGCCGAUCGCCGCCUUGCUUUGUCUUGCUUUCAUCGUCGCAUCUAGCAUUGCAGUCAUCUACCCUGCUUUCGAGAGGAUCAACAGAGUUCGCGCACUCCAUUACUGCAAUGGUGUCUCGCCUUUUGCUUUAUGGUUUGGAUACCUUCUGUUUGAUAUGCAGUUCAUCAUUAUUCAGGCACUUUUUGUCUGGGGUUUACUCUUUGUCGGAAAACCUUCACAUUUGUGGUAUGAAGGCAAUUACGUCCUCGGAGCUUUCAUCCUGUUUGGAAUCGCGACGUAUCUUGGGACCUAUUUCCUCUCUCUCUUCGUGAAGAAAGCAGCUUUCGCCAUUGCUGCUGGUAUCCACACACUCUUAUUUGUGCUUUAUGUGGUUGCAUAUGUCAUGAACCAAUCCUUCGGCCACAAAGUCAACCUCCACCAAACCUAUUCAGCCAUCCAAUACGGACUCGGCCUCUCAUCCCCCGCUGCAAACCUCGCCCGCGCCCUUUUCGUCGCAUCCAACAGCUUCGAAAUCCUCUGCGGCGUCUACGGCACUGCGGAUGUCUCCAAUCCCUUCGCCUACGUCCGCUACGGCAGUGUCUACGCCAACAUGCUCCUGCAAAUCCUCUUCCUCAUCACACUGCUCUUCAUCCAUGAGUACGGCAGCGCAGAUUGGAUCCGCCGCAACAUCACGCACCGCGGGAUCCCCGCUCGUCUGCACUACAUCAUCGAAUCCGAUGCCGCAGCAGGAGCAGAAGCCGCCGCUCCCAUUGAAUCAGAGAAAAGUGCCAUCGCAUCCUCCACAACGAACCCGCAGAUCCUAACCGUCUCGCGCAUCUCCAAAUUCUUCGGCAAGCUCUUCGCAGUCGAGAAUAUAUCAUUCGAUGUCUCAGCCAACCAGACACUCGCCCUGCUAGGCGGCAACGGCGCCGGCAAGACGACCGUCAUAAACAUGAUCCGCGGCGAGCUUACGCCCAACUUUGGAUCCAUCCACCUCGAUGGCGUGUCGGUGUUGAAGAAUCCGCAAAAGGCGAGGAUGCAUAUGGGUGUUUGCCCACAAGACGACGCAAUCGACAACCUGACCGUCCGACAAACGCUCUCUUUCUACGCUACCGUCAAAGGGCUCAAGAAUGUCUCUGGGAACGUCGACAAAGUCCUCGCGGCGCUGAAUAUCACCAUCUAUGAGCACGUCUCGGUUAAAGACCUUUCCGGUGGGACGAGACGGAAAUUGAGCGUUGCGAUUGCGCUCCUCGAGAACCCGAGGAUUUUGCUGCUUGAUGAGCCGUCCACGGGUCAGGAUGCAGGAGCUAAAAGAAUCUUGUGGAAAGCAUUACAGGAUAUUUCACGCAACCGUGCCAUUCUUCUCACUACCCAUUCGAUGGAAGAAGCUGAAGCAUUAGCCACUAAUGUUGCGAUUAUGGGGAUACGUAUGCUGGCAAAAGGCACACUGGGCAAUUUGCAGGAUAGUUAUGAGGGCAAGUAUAGUGUGAGGGCGGUGAGAAGCCAGGGGGUGGAGAGAGAGGAGGUUGACCAAGCGGUACGGCAAGCUUUUGGCGGUAGUGUUAGCGGGUAUUUUGAUGUUAAUGGGCAGGUGGGCUUUGGGCUGCCCCAUGAAAGGGAGAAGUUGGGGGGCAUUAUGAGGGUUAUGGAGGGGUUGAAGGGGGUGGUGGUUGAGGAGGAAGGGAAGAGACAAGGAAACGGCGAAGCAGGGAACGCGGGUGGCAGUGCGGCGGUGAAGAGCGGGCCGCGGAAGGUCAUUGAGGAUUAUACUAUUACGGGGCCGACGUUGGAGGAGGUGUUUAUGAAUGUUGCGAGGGAGGCGGGGACUGCUGGCGGGGUCUAGAUGGAGUUGAUGGAAUGGGAGGAAGUGACCUGAGUUGGACUAGGUACCCUUUAUCAGUCUUAAUGUGAGACAUGGAUUUUAUUUCAUGAACACAGAUUUUUGUUCGCAAGC